AUGGACCAGGAGGAGAGGACGGACGGCGGUGCGACCUCUGCCGCCAAUCUUAUGGUGCCCACGGAACUAACAACACCAGACCUGAUCGAAGCAUACUCUGGCGACAAAGUGAAUACCUUCGACCAGGACAGCCGCAGGGGUGACACCUCUCCCCCCACCAACCCACAAAAGCAGCAAACGCACCGAAACCCGGACAAGCAUCGGUGCCGCUUCUGUCCUUACUCAUGUCCUUCUGCAGCGGGUAUCGUCAUCCACGAGAGGACUCACACUGGAGAGAGGCCCUUCAGUUGCGAUGUUUGCGAGAAAACGUUCUCGCAUAAGGGUACCUUGAAGGCUCACGUUCGAACUCACACCGGAGAGAAGCCGUUCAAGUGCAACACGUGCAGCAGGGCCUUUGCUCAGAAACCGUACUUGGCGGUUCAUGAGAAGAUUCACACCGGAGAGAAGCCGUUCAAGUGCAACACGUGCUGCAGGGCGUUCACUCAGAAAACCCAUUUGACGAGUCAUGAGAGGACUCACACGGGAGAGAAGCCGUUCAAGUGCAACACGUGCAGCAGGGCGUUCACUCAGAAAACCCAUUUGGCGAAUCAUGAAAGGACUCACACCGGAGAGAAGCCGUUCAAGUGCGAGACCUGCGGCAGAGCGUUUGCGGCUGAUACCAAUUUAUACAAUCAUCGGAAGAUACAUCGCAAGUGAUCAAAACCCUCACAUGCAUCAUAGUUGUGAAAGGGGUUUAAACGAAAUACUCGAGCACCGACGUGUGUUCAUUUGGCUUGUCCAUAGACCUGCAGGGGUUCUACUUGCGAGCAGUGUGUGUUUUGCAUGGUUCAAAAUGUUUCAGCCUGUUAUUUAUCGCGUAAACACAGAUA